AUGCGGCACAUACGUCAUACACGACGGUGGUGCUCACCGGAGCAUCGCGAGAACGCAGGUGGUCCGCUUGACUUCUCGUACGAGAUCCACGCAAAUCCCGAAACAUGGCUCGUUGGUGGCCGACGCCGCGGAAACUUCACCGCCGAAGAGGGCGAGACCAAAACCUUUGCAAUCAUGCUCCUUCCGCAGAAAGCCGGACACCUUCUUCUUCCGGGGUUGGAAAUCAGGUCCUUUGUGCCACCAUCCCCAACAUCCUCAUCGUCUCUGUCACAGCCGCAGUCGCAAUCUUCAACGACUGCGAGCGGGGGGCAGAUGAUGAGUCCCAACCCUGGACAGCCUGCGGCAGUUGGGUCCAUGACGGCGGCCGCCGCCGCAGCGGCAGUGGCACCGCUGCAGCGCCGACCCAUUCCGUGUGAGGUCGACUACCGCAACCACGGCGAGACCGUGCUGGUAUUACCCGAUCUCCGCACGACGACAGUGAGCCUGUCACUGUCGGGGGGCAGUCAUGGCGGGGCGUGGUUGAUAGAUUCGGAGCGGUUGCAUGUAACGAGCUCAUAG